UCGAGAAAAGAGGAAUAAAAAAGGAUAUUAUCUUCAAACGGACAACAGCUUUCUUCCUUCUCCAAAUCGCCUUCAACCAUCCACCACCAUUUUCUGCACAAUGUUGUGACAGGGGAAGCGAACACCGCCGGCGAGGUGACCGGUUUUACUCUGCCGGAACUCAGUCAGCCCAUCUAUCGAACAGGUGGUGGGCACUAGUUUCAGUUUCAGCUUCUGCUUCAAAUUUCAUGUAUAGAUUUCUUACUCUCUUGUUUCAGUUUUCAAUUUAGAAGGGGUAUGUUUUCAUUUUGCUUGAAUUGAAGGAAAAAAAAAUCAAAUCUUAGUUUUGAAAUUCACUGAUGUGCAAUCUGCAAAAUCAGCUUACAAAGGCUUACUAUAUGGCGUUUCUCUCACCUAAAACCCCACCCAUCCUCUCCGUCAGCCCUAAUUCGCUGUUCCCCAGCACCAAAUGCAUCGACUACAUUAGUUGUAAUGCCAAAAACCAAGUAAGGAAAUCACCUCCCAUUGCAAGAACACCUCGUUUUUCGACCUCCUCCGGCGGCCAAUCCCUCCUCCAAAACGAAAGGUAUUCGGUCACACGAAGAAUCAAGAAACAGGCGCUCCGCGAUUCACCGGAGAUAAUGCUCCGUGUGAAUCUCGAUCAGUGUUCGAAGAACGGCGACUUAGACGAGGCCCUUCGCCUCUACCACGAGGCGAAGUUGAAUAAUAUCCAGCUCAACGUGUACCAUUACAAUGUAUUGCUCUAUUUAUGUUCGCUGAGAAGCGACGACGAUGGGGAGGAAGGAUUGAAUCCCGAAACGUUGGAGAAAGGGUUCGAAAUUUUCAAAGAAAUGAUAAUCGAUAGAGUGGAGCUGAACGAGGCGACGUUUACUAACGUUUCGAGAUUGGCUGCAGCGAAAGAGGAUCCGGAAUUGGCUUUCAAUUUAAUCAAGAAGAUGAAGGAUCAAGGCAUCGGGCCGAAGCUGAGGUCAUACGGGCCGGCAUUGUUCGGUUUUUGCAAGAAGGGUAUGGCAGAUGAGGCGUACGAGGUGGAUUCUCACAUGGUGGAUAAUCAGGUUUCCGCAGAGGAAUCGGAGCUUUCGGCCCUUCUUAAAGUUAGCUCCGAUGUGAAGAGGGAGGAGAAGGUGUACGAAAUGAUGCAUAGGUUGAGGGCUACGACGAGACAGGUGUCGGAGGAGACUGCCGCCGUAGUGGAGGACUGGUUUUUGUCGGAAAGGGCGGCGGAAGUCGGGUUGGAGAAUUGGGAUACGGGGAAGAUCAAGAAAGGAGUUUUGAAGGGCGGCGGUGGGUGGCACGGGCAAGGGUGGUUGGGGGGAGGAGAUUGGAGGGUGGUGGGGACCACGAUGGACGAGGCUGGGGUGUGCCAGUCGUGCGGAGAGAAGCUCGUGUGUAUCGAUAUCGAUCCGAAAGAGACGGAGAAUUUCGCAAAGUCUUUGUCUGAAUUGGCUAGCAAGAAAGAAGCAACAACUGGAUUUUUCCAAUUUCAGGAGUGGCUCCAACGGCACGGUCCGUUUGACGCUGUAGUCGACGGUGCAAACGUCGGCCUUGCUAAUCAACACACAUUCAGUUUUUCCCAGAUCAAGGGAGUUGUGAAUCGAUUGCGUGAACUUAGCCCGUCGAAGAAACUGCCUCUUGUUGUGCUACAUCAAAAUCGAGUCAACGGCGGUCCUGCUCAGUACCCUAACAACAAGAAGUUGUUGGAAAGUUGGAAAAAAGCCGGUGCACUUUAUGCUACGCCUGUCGGUUCUAACGAUGAUUGGUACUGGUUAUAUGCUGCUGUGAGUUCAAAGUGUUUGCUGGUUACCAACGACGAGAUGAGAGACCAUUUGUUCAAUCUUUUGGGCAAUAGCUUUUUCCCUCGAUGGAAAGAAAAACAUCAGGUCCGAUUAAAACCUUCUAGUGAUGGUAUCAGAUUGCACAUGCCACCGCCUUAUUCAAUUGUAAUCCAGGAGUCGGAACAAGGCAGCUGGCAUAUACCGACUGUCACAGAAGACGAUCUCGAGACUCCAAGGCAAUGGCUUUGUGCGACGAGGGCGAGGAAUUCCAUGCCAACACCUUAACAAGUAAGAUUGAGAUAAAUCAUAUGCAAACGGAGGCUGUGUCUUUCGUCUUUUUAGGAAUCUUUGGUUUAUUUCCAUUGGGAAAAAAAAUAUAAAUUGUGGUUAUUAUUUACCUUUUCAUCGCGCUCUUUUUGUAACCAUAGCAUAAUUAGAUGAAGCGCGCAAAAUGCGAGAGGUAUUUUUUGUAGUUUAAUCCCGGCAUUUUUUGUGCCGAAUUCUGCACAAAUCUAUGUAUGCACACCAAGACAAACAAAUAAGCAUCAGCUAAAUAUCGCAGAUUAGUUACUUAAAAUUCAUUUGUUCAC